AGGUACUAACUAAGUGUAUAUCGUUGAAGAAAAAGCAAGAGCGUAUUACGAUUAGCUUGUUGCCCCCUCAUAAUCAUCCUAUUUGUUCUUUUGGGUCCCUUUUGUGGUCGUUCUUUUCUAGAAAAUUCUGCGUUGUUGUUGCCUCACCUCUACCAGACACCUUGAAUCACUGAUACAUUUUAAUUUUUUACCUCUGUACCUACUAAAUUUACUUCGCCCCGACAAAAGGUGACUCAUUCUCCUUCUUUUGUGCAAAGGACUUAUGUGUAUGUGGCCUCUCUCUAAAGAAAGUGGGUAAUGGCUGCACUGGUGUUGGAACAUGAGAAAGUCAAUACUUCUUCUUUCAUUCCGACACGAUCACGCCCAAUGAUUUUAGAACUGACCAGAGAGUAAUACUUUAUUUCAUUAGAGGAUAGCAAAUCAGCAAAGCAACGAAUAGGUAUCGAAGAUAUAUGACGGAGUUGCAUUUGCUCUUGCAGGGCUAUUAGCCCAUCGAGCGCGUGGAGGCCCUGGAAGGGCCGUUUUCGGACAAGAUGACGGGGGCAGAAUCUGCCCCCGCCAAAGCGGAGCGCCUGGAGAGGAAACCGGUGCAAAAACUACCGCUUAAUGUGGUCCAGCAAUUAAAGCAAGAUCCAAGCAAGGGCAGAUAUGGUACAAAUUGCUAAGUAUUUGUUGUUUUUCACCCAUACCCAGCAUAGUGCUUUUUUCGACCUUUAUGUUAUUCGUUGGCUUCGCCUUCGGUCCUUCUUUCUUGCGGAUGGCAUUUGCUGAGUCGCAAGGAAUACAUUACCUGUGUUUAUCCAUGCAUGCCAGCUGGUGUCUAUUUGCAACAACACCCAUUUUUAUUAGUCCGACGGUGAAACUGAAACACUACUUUUCUGGCAUAUACUUCGCACAUUCUCUUCCAUCUCAGCUCGAACAGACGUCAUGGACGCAACGGAUCGUCAGGAGUUGCUGUAUUCAGUGCAGGAGGAGAACACGUCUUUGAAAAAGACGAAUCAGAAACUUUCGGACCAAGUGAAGCAACUUGGAAUUAAGUUUUCGCAGAUCCAAAAGGAGAUGCUGCGAGAGGGUUACCAGGUGGAGAAAACGCAGGGUAUGCGUGAGGCCGAGCGGCUCCACAAGAGCCUGCAGCAAGAUCACAGCGCAGGGGGUGCGUCGUCGUCCUCGCAGCCGUGGGUGCCGUCCGCAGGGGUGGGCGCGAUGACUGGACCGCGCCGCGGCAACAGCCGUUCGCCCAGCACUGGAGCGCGGCGCCCCGUGUCUGGUUCGACAACCGGCAUGCUGCGGAAUAGGUCUGCUUUGUCUCCAGGCCGCAACUUAUCGCCGGAGCGCUCCGGUGUUGCGCGCAUGCUAGUGGAGGAAACGGAACAACUGCGCAAGACAAUUGCCGAGCUGCGAGAAAAAAACGAACGCUUGUCGUCGCAGAUGGAGGGCGUCAUGUCUGCGCGCGGCAGCAAAGGUGUUUCAGCGGUCGAAACAGCCUUUUAUCGCGAACAGCUUGACGACAAAGAAGUACGACUGAAGCAACUCGUGCGACAGCUCGAUGAAGAGCGAGAGUCCUUCCACAAAGAACGCAAGGAAAUGACAUCAACGGUAUUAAUCAUACAUGAUAAAUACUUCACCUGAUAGUAUCUUGGCAGCUCAUUUAGCAUCCAUGAUACGUCGUAAACAGUGUUACUGGGCUUUUUUUAGGUCGCAAACACAUUUUCUCCUGCUAAUUAUCCUCAUUAUACUCACUUCCAGGUAAAUCGAUUGGAGAAGGAGAAACUUGCCGUUGAGUCGGACUUACGCCAUGCGCUGGCUCUCGGCGACGAGACCGAGAACGCGUCGUUGCAUAGGAAGGUAAAGGAGAGUGACGAGAUGAACAAAAAGCUGAUGGACAAGAUCAACCAACUGACCUCCAACGCAUUCAUCUCGACAGCGGACACGCGCGUAGCUUCAGCCAAGCGUCUCGAGCGCUUGGAGGAAGAGCUAAAGGAGAAGGCAGCUGCGCUGACCGAGGCGCUAGCGGCGAAGGACAAACUUGGUGCCGAGACGGAGACGCUACGCAAAAAGAGCGAAGAAGCAGAUACGAAGUUCAAGACUGUUUGGGAGGAGAGUGAGCGCAUGCGUAUUCGGUUAGAGGAGAAAGAGAGGCAAGCGAAGGCUGUGGAAGAGCAACUCGCAAUUCUACGGGAUUCGCUGCCGCCGGAAGAGCGUGCUGCCGUGGAGAAGUCGUUGUCGCUUGCUCUUAUCGCCGGCACUGCUUCAGGUAUCACCGCGGCCACGUCAGCCGCAGCAGCUGCUGCGGCCGGCGGUGCCGUGGCGCAACCUGCUUCGGAGUUGUCCUCGGUGGACUCGCUCACGCGCGCCGUGUCGCAGCUACGACGUGAGAAGCAUGAUCUGGCACAGGAAAUGGCGGCGCUGCAGAACAUUCUCCGUCGCGAGAGCGAGAUUAACGCGGAGUUGAAAACACUACACCAGUUUGACCUAGCGGACAUGCAAACCAAAGCAGAUGCGAUGUUGGCAGACCGCGAGAAGUGGGAACGCCUCGCGAAGAGCCGCGAGUCCAAGGUGAAGGAGUUGCAAAAGCAAAUCCGUACGUUGGAGCGCGUGCAGGAGGAAAAAGAGGACGACGUGAUCUCCGAGGCAGGCUUCUCCGACAUUUCCGAGACGGUACAGUCUAGCUCGGAGAACGCGCUGGACCUGGUCGUAAACAGCGCAAAGAUGGAGUUCAAGGUGGUUUCGCAACACUUCUUCCCGAACUUGCCAAUUUUUCAUGCGGAAAAUGCUUUGAUGUCCAAUGUGCUGAUCGAUUUCUACGAGUUCGACACGGUGUCCUCGCGCACAGCGAGCGGCCUCGAGCCACGCUACGACUCGAUCAUCACCUGUUCGCCGUUCGCGGUCAACGAGCAAGUCAUCAAAUUCUUCAACACUGGCGCAAUCCGAUUCUCUUUGCAGGCUUUCACAGUGCAGCAGCCAGGAAUGCCGCCUGCGGGCGGGCCGCCCGUUCUCAUCGGCGAGGCAACACUUCCUUUGGUGCAUUUGUUGAACUGCACGCCUCUCGACCCAAACCCUAUGGUGAGCGGCACAUUGAAGUUCGUAUCGAAGAAAGACCCGAACACGCCGAUUGCGCAUCUGGCCUACAAGAUGAAAUUGCGCUAUUCGAUCUUGGAUUUGCUGCACAAUUUCCAGCACCAACGCAACAAAGACGAGCUUGCACUCCAGAUGGCACGGCCCGAGAUGGACCCCGCUCUGCUCGAUCAGGUACGCAGAAUCAACAUGAUCACAGGCGGGAACCUGACGGGUUUCCCUUCUACUUAUCAAAGAAAUGAAGGCAUGUUGGAUCAACGUGAUUAUAGGGAACAGAAUAGAUUUUUUGAUGAUUUAGUGCAAAAAAAUGAGGGUUUCGCAACUGCGGAUGCUUUUUUGGAGGAUUUAGAACGAAAAGAGUGGGACUCGGUGAAGCGUGUGGAGCAGAAUUGCGUUUUGCGCCAUGAUCUUACUGCCGCUGACUCGUCCUCUUAUACGGCUUCACCCUUGUCCAUCUGGAAAGGGCUUGCAGGGAUGGAGGGAGUGCACAGCGCAGACAAUGUGGCUCCGGCGUCAUCUGGCUCAGCGAGUCCUCUAGUCGUGAGCGAUCUCGAGCUUGCUCAGAACACUUCUGCAAGAUCAGGCGGCUUUGAUGUAGCUGAAGCGAGGAGAUCUAGCGAGAGGUUGCAAAGAAUGCGAGAGUAUCAGGCCAAGGAAGUAGUCCCUUCGCAGGUCGAACGCAUAAGUGGCACAGGCGCCGGAUUGGCUGGUAACACUGGCAUUUCCGUUGGUGGGAGUUAUAUCGUUGCUGAAUAUCCACCUCCAUCAAGAAGUGCUUCCAAUAGUAGGCAAACGAAUCGUGUCACCAAUGUCGUAUCAGCUACACAUGGGCAAGUUUUGGACCUCCAGCAUCCGCAUGAAGACACCCUGCAUCAUGCGCGUUCCUUGCAAGAUCGUGCUCUUCCCCUUGAAGGGGAAGCGGUGGAUGCCGCCACUGUGCUGAAGGAGAUCGAAGACUUGCUUAACUGGAAGCCACCGGAUAUAGAAACAGGGGAUUCGGCUCUCUUGCGAAGGAUAGACGCUGCGAUCGGCGAGAAGAGCACUAAUUCUGCGACAAUUCAACACCAUGACAAGAAGUAUCCUGUCGAUGUUUUCGGACUGAGAAAGAUUCCGUUAACGAGCUACAGCAACUUAACACGGGAUAUGAUUACUCGCUUCGACAGUCAUGGUCCGGCCAAGUAUUACGGAGACAUUGAUCACGAGUUGACAUUGCUGCGAGAGCGACGCGAGCGCAACAUCGCCUCGAAGGAGUUGCAGCUGCAAAAAGGCCUCGAAGGAAAUGCAACUUCGACAGCCGGCGCUCUUACUUCUGUCAUAACGAGAAAUGUGAACAACAACAAUCCUCGUGAAGAGCUCGCGAAGGAUCCAGCAACAUUUGUGCCCAAUGCUUCUGCUAUGACCAACGCCGAAGUUCUUCCGCCGCAUCAAGCGUUUGGGGGUUAUUUUCACAUGUUUGGCGAAAGCCGCUUUUCUCCGCCAAGCAGAUUCUUGGAUGAGGAGGAGAAACAGGUCGCGCGCCAGUACGAUCCGAAUGCCACUCCUGCGCGACAUGACGCUUUGCUACAAUCGCUUCGUCGAGUAGAGCCCUACGGAGGCCUGCGGAUCGACCCGGCUUGGCAAAGGAAGCCAGAAGGUGUUGAGAAAGACUACGAGACGGAGUUCUUCGACGUAGAGGAAUGGCGCCGACAGCGCCGCGGGGCGAAAAUUCAAGAACUAGAAGCCGAGCGAAUCCGCCUGGAUCAGCAGGCGGAGGCAGUGCGGCGUGAGUUUGAGGCUCGAGAGGCAGCAAUAAUUCAGGACAUCUGUGAUUCUGGAUCACGUUCGGCCCGCGACGUGCCUGACAUCGGAUUUCAGACCCAAGGAAGCGAGGAAGCUGCAGUAGAGAGACCAGAGACACCAGAGGCCAGUAGGGCAGUCGAAGAUGCGGUUGAAUCCGUAGGGGCGAUUGUAAUCGAGAGAGCAGCUGUUCCAUCUCGAGGUGUCUCUGAUGUUGGGGCGACCGUCUCGCUGUGUGCAGCGCCUGUUGCGAUACAACCGGCGACAGUGGUUGGGGUAUCGCUUCCGGUUUCUGGCACCGGCGAGCAGGCUACAAAAAUGGACAAUGGGCCAGAAAUGGAGCCCGUUCUUACCGCGAGCAGCGCUGCUGCACAAGCUCGUGCCGUGGCCGCAAGGGAAGAAGACCUCCGAAGCCAUGAGCCUCUGGUGAGUUCAAACGGGGAGCCAGAGUCACAGGUGCGAACUCCCGUCACCGUCGUGGCAGCGAGCGGGCUAGAAGGCGACUCCGGUAGCGCACGAACAGCAGUCGAGGAAACCUCAACAACUGCAGCACCUGAAGAGGCCGUGGUUGAGGUUGUCGCACCCAGAGUUUUGAACGUGACGUCAUCUCCUCAGCGUGAAGAUGUCGGAGGUACGAAUGGCGGGGCAGGGCGAGAAGACCGGGAACCAGAAGCAACGAGGGAAUCCGUGCCGGAAUGUCAGAUACCUGCGGCAACGCCUGAGUCGGCGAUUGAAGGGCAGGAGUCCGAGAUAACUGAUCUCACAUUGAGUCUGAGCUUCUCGCAAACUGAGUGGACUGUAUUAGAGCCCAUACCUGUCGUUGCGCCGCCACACCCUGAGGAGGCGACGCCCGCUUUACUUGCUGCACAGGAGCGCAAAAGCCUUGUAGAGGCACCACGUGUCGUAGAGCUAGACAAGCCUGUUGUGGAGAUUACGUGUAGUACAACCACGCUUUCUUUGUCGGAGAACAUGAAACCUGCGAACGUUGACAUGACACCAAGCACAGAAGCUGUUGCCACCGUGAGAGCUCGAAACGCUAAAUGUGGCCCUUCCAUAAAGCCAGUAUCCGUCUUGCGAUUGCCUACUAGAUCUCUGGACGCCAGUGAGAGCAGCCCUCGCAGUCCGCGUACACCGCGCAAGCCGGACGAUACUCCACGGAUCAUGCCUGAUAUCACACCGAAUAAUUUGAAGGACGCAAAAAAAGUCGAGAAGCCUGCCACGCAAAGUACAGCCGGUUUACCUUCAUCAAGGAGAGCUGAAAGUCCACGGCCGCCGCCAAUGCGCGUGCUGGCUCCCGUGACUGCACCGCCGCGUGUACCGCCGCUUCCGCUGCGCAGUUGCGAGGGGCUGGGGUUUCGCACGCCACGCGAGAAGACAUCAGCGUCUGCGCUGGACUCCGUAAGAACUGUGGAGAUUACACCGCGACGGUUGCAAUCCGCUCGUGCAGGUGCGUCGGGGCGGUGGACUGAAACUGCGAAAUGCGUGCAGCAGCAGCCGCAAACUGCAAACGAGUUUUUUCGACGCCGCACGCGCGAGCAAUGGAGCGAGGAGGCAGCCAUGAUCGCCAGUCGCAACAGCUCCAGGAAUGUCGAAAGUAGAAAUACGAGUAGCCUUGUUGCGCAAAAAGAAGAAGGCGCGCGAGACGCUGCUGACGUUGGUGAUGCAAGACGCAAUUCAGCAACAGGAGUCACAUCAGCAUCAAGGAAGAUAUCAAUGCUGAGCGGGAACAGCAAGGAAAAUGCUUACAAUUACGACGACCUGCCGUCGCCGCGGAGAGAGAAUGCCAGGCGGAGCAACAGUGAGAUGUGGUCAGAAGUGACACGCUACGUCGAUGACCCAGAGUUCUCGCGUCAAUAUUUUCGCGAACGCGUCAGGGAAAACUGGGAAUCGGAAGCGCAAUUUCAGGAACGUUAUAGUCCCCAUUUGUCUCCAAGGACUCCACGGGAUCAACCAACAACACGAAAAAUUCUUGCCGAAGGCGAGGUAGCCGGGGAUGCGACUCCAAAGGUUGAGCAUUCGGAGAAGUCAGCAUUGGUGGAUUCAACACCGACAACUGAUGCUUUACAAGAAGAUCCAUUAAUUUCCGCGAAACAAGACCAUCCCAGAAGUGCAGUUGCAGGAGCCUCCUUGACCUCGAGAAGUAUUACCCCAGGUAAGGGCACGACUUCGUCGAGAGGGCAAGAUAAAACGGACGAGACUCGAGGGGAAAAUGCAGUUAACAGCGCCACUCCAAAAGUAGAAAAAGCAGGUGAUUAUACUACAAAUCGAGGACAUAUUGAAGCGGAAGCAAGCAACAUGACAGUGGAUGCUCGUAAGCCCACAGCGCUGUCGCUUUCUCACGUCACCAAAGCUGGUGAUUCUGUUACUGAUAUUCUCGGAUCGCGCCAGGCCGAACUUGCGGAGAGUCAGGCGCAAAGGGAGGCGGUCGCCGCGGAUGUCGCCGCGUUCGCAAAGAACUUAGAAGAUUUGGCGUCUGAGAAAAUUUACUUCGUUUAGCGAAGAUAGAGCUUGAACAUAGACGUCGUUAUACACUUGGUAUGAAACUUCCGUUGUUACACUUGCACAGACGCGGAGUAGUAAUUGCAUAGCUAGGGUCCUUGUACAAGAACAGCUUGUUCGAUCGUUGAACAUCAUACAUCAUUGGGCCUGCGAAGAUUAGAAUGAAUACUUAUGAAUACUUAUCAUGCUGUAGGUAUAUUUAACGUAGAGACUUGAAAACGUAAGAUGUGGGAACUGCCCUAGUGGCAUGUAUAGAAAAGUUGGAAAGUCUCGUUCAAAAUACAAGAGCAAAAAA